AUGGCGGUAUCUACUGCCAAUGUUAUUGCGGAAGCAGUGCUCGCUCAAUUCGGCAAGCUCCCUGCCAAGCGAAAACCAAAGAUUCGCGAUAAUGGCUUACACGAAUGGAUACCAGCAAGCGGCAUUGUGGCCGAAAAGGAUGAAAUCUUUACCUGUGUAUCUCUAGCUACGGGCAUGAAAUGCCUUCCGGCGAGCAAGAUGCCCAGCUGCAACGGCGUCGGCUUACAUGACUGGCACGCCGAGAUACUCACCAUUCGCACAUUCAACCGAUUCGUCCUGGAUGAGUGCAUCCAAUUGAUGGACAAUGGCUCUUCGGAUCUGAUAGAGCGAUCCAGUCCGUCGGCUGGCGUUCACCCGUUUCGUCUGCGACGGGGCGUCAAGCUUCAUAUGUACGCCUCAGAAGCGCCAUGUGGAGAUGCAAGCAUGGAAAACUUGAUGGCGGCGCAGGACGAUGCGUCCCCUUGGGAUAUGUCUGCAGAAGCAGCCGGCGAGGACGAGGCAUUGCGGCAGCUGCCCGGACGGGCCUACUUCUCACGGCUCGGCGUAGUGCGACGAAAGCCAGCGCGAAGCGAUGCGCCACCUACACUCUCCAAGUCGUGCUCAGACAAAUUGGCUCUCAAGCAGUGCACCUCGCUGCUGGCGUCGCUCACUUCCUUGUUUGUCGAUCCCAGCAACAUCUACAUCUCCACCUUGGUUAUGCCCGAGGACCAGUAUUCCGCUACAGCAUGCCAGCGCGCAUUCUCAGCAACGGGGCGCAUGAGUGCCAUCGCAGACGAAGUCACGGUUGGCGAUUACAGCUUUCGUCCCUUUUCUGUGGCGACAACCACAGUCCAGUUUGAGUACUCGAGACGAGCAGUGCAGUCGCGCUCUGACAACUUGACUACCAGCAAUCUUGCAGCAGCGUGGGCUUUAUCCGGCAUCGAAGAGUCUAUUCUCGGUGGGGUGAUUCAAGGACACAAGCCGUUUCUGCCCAAAGGCGCCAGCAGCAUGUCGCGGCGCAGGAUGUGGCAGGCGUGCCGAGAGCUCGCGGGUAAACUCCCAGAGUGGCCGGCCAUAGCGACGCAGCUAGAUGCAGUAACAUACGAUCAAAUAAAGCAAUGCCGUCUGCUCGAGAUGCGAAACAAGGCUAAGGCGCGCGCAAGGAACGUUGCGCUCGCUGGUUGGAUACAAAACACGGGUGACGAUACAUUUAGCAUAGAGUAA